UUUUUUUUAAAUUACUAAUAUGAUUUUACAAUCUUUAGAGGUCAAUGGAACCUUUUCAGGGUCUGUUGGUGCAAAAUGCAAGAACCUCAUCACUCUAUCGUAAAAUAGAGGUGUCUUGUUUAUGUUUAUAUGAAACACUUUUGAUAUGUUUCAUGAAUCUGGUGUUAAAUGUUAUGUUUGCCUAGAUGUGUAAUCGGGCUUGAGUCAUGAUGUACAGAGUUUUAAGGUGUUUCUGUGAGGAAAGAGAAUGUGCAGCAGAAUGGAAAGUCCCCAUUACAUGUACAUGCUAGCUACAACAUGCCUGUGCUGUUAAUGCCACUAGCAAGCUACAUAAAACUUUCAGAUUAUCUGCAGGCAAAGUCUAGAAAUGGAACAGCCUCUUUUGUGCUCUCUCGCUCUCUCUUUCUCUCUGUCUCUCUCUCACUGAUGGCGUUUGGGGUGUGAGAGAAUUGCCUGGCCCGAGGCAGCCACAGCUCCAUCUGGACCUUGUUCUUUUGCCUUCUCAAUAAAAAGAUUGAGUGUAUAAGUGAAGCACAGAAAAAGAAAGAUAGCAGUGCAGGGUGAUGAGGAGGUUUUUUCGAGUGCAGAGAGAUGAAGAUUACAGUCAGAUUCAGUAUCUUACAGCCAAGUGCAGUCGUUUGGCACAGGAGAAAGCCGCAAUGGAGAGGGAGUGUGUGGUAUCCAGAGAGCGAGUACGGGUCCUGCAGGUGGAAUUGGAAGCUGUGUGUUUGCAGCUCCAUCAGAAAGAACACACCAUCCAGGAGCUAGUUGAAAAACUCCAACACCAACAGCACGUUGUCAGCGCAAGUGAUGCAGCACUGUUAUCUGUUCACUUGGACUCAAUAAACUCAGAACUGCAAUACCUACAGUCCACUGAGAAGCAGUUAAUAGGCUUUGUGGAAGAGCUCCACCAGCAGGCCCAGCAUGCAACUAAAAAGGCAGAGGGCCUGGAGGCGCAGCUCCACCAAGAUGCCCAGCUCCAUGCCAAGUAUAGACAAAAUCAGCAGGAUGAGCUCGAGAGUAAGUCCCAUGACCUACAGGAGCUGCAGAAGGCCCAUGAUGCAUUGCAGCAGGAGCUAAGUGAACAGAACAGUGCCCACCAGAAGACAGUGAUGGAACUGCAGCAUGAAAACACAAUCAGCGUUCACAAACUCAGAGAGUUGGCCGAGCAGGUCGAGUGGUUGUGUGAACAACAACGCAACUGGAUAUGCUGCAUCAAAAGGUUUAAAGACUGCCUGAAUGAUGAGAAGGAGGCCCUGGUUCUGCAGGUGAACAGGCUACAGGAAGAAUUGCUUGAUCUUCGAAAGAACACAAAGUCUGAGGCGAUCAGUAGAGAAGAUACACUACCCAAAGUGCAUUGCAGCAGAUGGCACGUAGAUGCCAUGUUGGAUCUGCAGGUCGAGGCUGAUAAGUGGAAAGAAAGAUACCAGGAACUCUUUAACAAAUUCACAUCACACCAGGUGGACUGUCAUGAAGAUGGAUACCUAAAACCACCAUGAUGUUGACUGACAUCCUGCACUAUUUUAAAGUCAUUACUACUGCACAAGGGACAAUUCCAAACUUGACCUUUAAUAAAAUAAUGUCUGCAGAUUUAUUUACA